UCCUGUUACUCAGAGAAGGUAAAGUUAAGCUCCCAUGAUUAUCAAAACUAGUCCUGAGAGACCACGUUGAUGGAAGGCAAUUUCUUUUGUAGAUUCUCAGCAGGUUGUGCACAGACUUCCCAAGAUGUGAGGUUCUACCAUCACCUCUCUGCAGGGUCUGUGUUGACUGUUGCUUGUGAACAGACUGAAGUGCUGCUUUUUGACCCAAUAUCUUCAAAGCACAUCAAAACUCUCUCUGAAGCUCAUGAAGAUUGUGUAAAUAAUAUCAGAUUUCUAGAUAAUCGACUGUUUGCAACUUGUUCCGAUGACACUACAAUAGCACUUUGGGAUCUGAGAAAGCUGAACACAAAAGUGUGCACUUUGCAUGGUCACACCAGUUGGGUUAAGAACAUCGAGUAUGAUACCAAUACCAGACUACUAGUAACGUCAGGGUUUGAUGGAAAUGUGAUCAUCUGGGAUACAAACAGGUGCACAGAAGAUGGAUGUCCUCACAAGAAGUUUUUUCACACCCGUUUUCUUAUGAGAAUGAGGUUGACACCAGACUGUUCCAAAAUGCUGAUCUCAACAUCCUCUGGAUAUCUUCUGAUUUUGCAUGACCUUGAUCUAAACAAAUCUUUAGAGGUUGGCAGCUACCCAAUUUUAAGAGCUAGGAGGACUACAUCAAGUUCAGAGAUAACAUCUUCAAGUUCGUCUGCUUCUCGAACCGUUGGUUCACCAUGUCACCAGAAUGAGUCAGGUCUACUGUCUGAGAAACAGAUGUCACGGUCCUCACAGCGAGAAGGUGGAUCACCUAGAAAUAGUCUGGAGGUCUUAACGCCAGAGGUUCCUGGAGAGAGAGACCGAGGCAACUGCAUUACAUCAUUGCAGCUACAUCCAAAAGGGUGGGCUACUCUUCUUCGGUGCUCAAGUAAUACAGAUGACCAAGAGUGGACUUGUGUCUAUGAAUUCCAGGAAGGAGCCCCUGUGCGCCCUGUCUCACCUCGUUGCUCCCUGCGAUUGACUCAUUGCAUUGAAGAAGCCAAUGUGGGCCGGGGUUACAUCAAAGAGCUUUGUUUCAGUCCUGAUGGCCGGAUGAUUUCAUCCCCGCAUGGCUUUGGGAUCCGCUUGUUGGGGUUUGAUGCAUACUGCAGUGAACUUGUUGACUGUUUGCCCAAAGAAGCUGGUCCCUUGAAAGAAAUCCGUUCCCUCUAUUCUCACAAUGAUGUGGUACUGACAACAAAGUUCUCUCCAACUCACUGUCAGAUUGCCUCGGGGUGCCUUAGUGGACGUGUUUCUUUGUAUCAGCCAAAGUUCUAGGCGCAUUGUGCAUCAACAGGACCUUCAGAUGUUUGUGGUUUAAAUUACUUCAGUUUAGUUGAAGUGUGUUCGAAAUCCCAUAAAUCCAGAGAAGAUCAUAGUUACUAUGGUCUCAGAACAUAAUAAUGACAUGAGUUCUCAGUCCAGCACUGUAUACAUUCUCAUAUCAUAUCUGCAAGUCAGGCUCCAUGCAUUGUGUUUUUAGCCUUCUAGGCAGAAUUCUGCUCCUGCUGAUCCUGUGCCAUUGAGUCAUCAUUCUGGUUGGUUUAUACAAUAAUACUUCCGAGUAAUUUUCGGCAAUAUGACCUAACGUGGGCUAACUGAACAAAAUGUAGCUGGUGUGCGGGUAGGAGUUCAGCUAAAACUCAACCAGGCUUCCCUGUUACGACACCUCUUCGUUCCAAAGGACUUUUUCUGUUGCCAAAACCGUUGUACCAUGAUUGAUAAUGAACAGGUUUUGUGCAUGCUAGUUUAGCUGGCACAAAAAGACAGAAAUGUUUUUGUUUGUUUACUAAUUUGGUUAUUUGUGAUUGGCUAGAAAAAAAAAAGAAAAAGAUAAACUUUCUGUAAAGAUUUGUUGUCCUUAAAAAUCUUUCUAGGCUGUUUUUCCUUGAUUGCAUAUAUUUUAAUUAUUGCCAGAAGGAAGAGGUUCUGUAUGGAGAUGUAGCUGCAUUUUUUUCCUCAGAAUUUAGUUGGAAAAGCCUGGGUCAGCGAAACAAGAGCUUAACAGAUCUAAACAUCUUGUGCUGUAUCCACUGCAAAUGAAUCAAAGAGAAAGUUUCUUGCAAUGUGUAUGGUUAGUGGAUGUCUCUUACUCCUCAGUCAGUAGGGUUUCUUUUGUGGGAAGCUUUCCACAUCAGUUACAGAAACAUUCAUCCUGUGUUUGUAAAUGAACACUGCAGAAUUUCCGCUCGUGUUAAGGCUGUAUUUCCUCUAACCGUUCUACAAAUUAAUGUUAAGAGAGGAAUUCAACUAGGAAGUUUCUGUAGUGUAACUAGAUAAGUAUUUCUUCAUAUGUAUUGUCAGUAUGGGAAUGGAUUAGAA